GACGGCAUAAGCUGCUGAAGGAAGGCAGUAAAAUCAGGCCUUCCUGGAAGUACACGGUCAAAGCAGCUGUCAUCCUGAGACUUCAUGCUAAUCCUUGGCAGGAAGCAACCAGUAGCCAGAGCUGGCUGUUCACAACUCUCUGAAAACGCAGUCUUCUUGCCAGCACGCACUCAAGGCACACACAGUCCCUCCUCACCAUCGCUUCCUCUGGCUUUGUUCCGAGCAGCCAUAUUCUGGGACUGCUGUGUCCAGGAAUCCAGAGCCUCCCUUACAGGCUUCUUCACUACCGGAAAAACACCCCGACCCUGGUGUUAAAACCUACUUGAACCCUGUCUGCAGCAGGUGGGGUAAUGGCUCAGUAGGUAAAGUGAUUGCUGUGUGCACAUGAAGACCAGAGUUUGGAUGAGGACCAGGAUUUGGAUCCUAUUCACCCUAGAAAAUCCAUUCCCCGCUGCCGAAGAAUUAACAGGAUGCUGUCCAAUGAGUCCUUGCAUCCUCCUGCUUUCAGUCGCUCCAACUCUCAAGCCUCUGUCGACAGCAGCACAUCCGUGGAGGAGUUCUGGCGGGAAAUCGAGAGUAUUAAAGAGAGUAGUGUGGGGGUGAAGGAGGAGCCGCCCGCCACACCCACCACACCCACCACGCCCACCACUGAGGUCAAGCCUGUGGAUGAAGGAGAGCUUGAAGCAGAGUGGUUACAAGAUGUGGGGUUGUCAACUCUCAUCUCCGGAAAUGAAGAAGAAGACGGCAAAGCACUCCUGUCGACACUAACUCGGACCCAAGCAGCCGCUGUGAAAAAGAGAUACAACACGUAUACCCAGACACUGAGGAAGAAGAACAAGCAGCCCGUCAGGGAUGUCAGAGACAUCUUCGGAGUCAGCGAAUCUCCUCCCAGUGAUUCUUGUGACCAUGCUACUCAGUUGGAUGGCACCAAGGAAGAAAAAGAACUUCCAGGAGUUACCAACCCCAGUGGCCCUCUGCCGGGUGAUGCCUCUCUCAGCAGUGCCACCCUAUCCAACGGUGUCCAGGAUGAAGAGGGUAGUUUUGUGGACCUCCAGAGUGGCUCCAUGUCAAUACUUGAGGCUAUCCCAGGUCUUCCUGCUCACACCAAUGGGUCUGCAGAUGCUGAACCGCCAGUUCCAAGUGCCUUGCAUGAUGAUGAUUAUUUAAAAAAGAACAUUCCACCAGAGGCUGAAGAGCUAUCUUUUGAGGUGUCUUACUCAGAAAUGGUGACAGAGGCCCCAAACAGAAAUAAAUGGAAGAAGUCAGACAUUAAGAAAGAAGACUGUGCCUUAACUAAAUUUAUUGUCCAGAAAACCAGAUUUGGGUGGACUGAAACAGGAGACCUGUCUCCCGAAGACAUGAAGAAAAUCCGCCAUCUCUCUCUAAUCGAACUGACGGCCUUCUUUGAUGCUUUCGGAAUACAACUGAAGAGAAACAAAACGGAGAGAGGGAGAGGCCGAGACAGCGGGAUUUUCGGAGUGCCACUUACAGUCCUCCUGGACAAUGACCGGAAGAAGGACCCUGAAGUGAAAGUCCCCCUUGUGUUACAAAAAUUCUUUCAGAAAGUCGAGGAAUCAGGCCUGGAAUCGGAAGGAAUUUUUCGACUUUCAGGAUGUACAGCCAAAGUCAAGUACCGCGAGGAACUGGACGCCAGGUUCAAUGCUGACAAAUUCAAAUGGGACAAGAUGUGUCACAGAGAAGCUGCAGUGAUGUUGAAAGCUUUCUUCAGAGAACUCCCCACCUCCCUCUUCCCCGUGGAGUACAUACCGGCCUUCAUCACUCUGAUGGAAAGAGGGCCUCACAUCAAAGUGCAGUUUCAAGCCUUACACCUCAUGGUCAUGGUCCUGCCUGAUGCCAACAGGGACACAGCCCAGGCUCUGAUGACAUUCUUCAAUAAAGUGAUCGCCAAUGAAUCAAAGAACCGCAUGAGCCUGUGGAAUAUUUCUACGGUGAUGGCGCCAAACCUGUUCUUCAGUAGGAGCAAGCACUCUGACUAUGAAGAACUGCUGCUAGCCAACACCGCAGCCCACAUCAUCCGCCUGAUGCUGAAGUACCAGAAAAUCCUGUGGAAGGUCCCUUCUUUCUUGAUCACCCAAGUAAGAAGGAUGAAUGAAGCCACCAUGCUGUUGAAGAAGCAACUCCCAAGUGUGAAGAAACUGCUCAGGAGGAAGACGCUGGAGCGGGAGGUUUCCAGCCCCAAGACCUCGAAGGUAACACAGAAAUCACCUUCAAGAAGAAUGUCUGACGUGCCAGAAGGCGUCAUAAGGGUCCACGCUCCACUUCUGUCCAAAGUGUCAAUGGCCAUUCAGCUCAACAGUCAGACCAAAGCCAAAGACAUCCUGGCGAAAUUUCAGUAUGAGAACAGUCAUAGUUCAUCUGAAUGCAUUAAGAUGCAGAACCAAAGGUUAUAUGAAGUCGGAGGAAACAUAGGACAGCACUGUUUGGAUCCCGAUGCAUAUAUAUUGGAUGUGUAUCACGUAAAUCCCCAUGCAGAAUGGGUGAUUAAGCACUAGACAAGUCUCUAAGAUAUGCCCAAGAUGGCACUUGCCUUGUAUUAUAUGCCAAGAAGAUCCUGUAUUUGUGGGAAAAAUGACAGUGCCCUGAGGCAUUUGCUCCCGUAAUCCGGUUCUCCUGGAUGGGCAGUACCACCAGCUCUGUCAGUGUGAACUACAGAGGACGAGCUGGUUCACACUGAGCUGAACUUUAUCACAGUUCCUCGGUAAGAAGGUGUGACCCUGAAGUAAGGCCGACGUUACUCACUGUGGAGCUGUGGAGCAGAAAUAGACUUGGCCCUGUGCCUGGGAACAGGCAGUGCUUCUGAUGUGAAACAUACAAUAUUUAUGCUCUGACUGCUCCCAGAUUGGAGGGACCUUCAGUGUAAAGACAGCUGUGCACUGUGUAUCACGCUCUAAGAGGACUGGGCGGCACCCUGGCACCAAGGAGCUGCCCGCAUCCAUUUAGUGUUGAGGUGGUAUUUCAUGGUCCCUUGUCUCAUGACCACAGGUCCACAUUGCAAAUCCCAGUUUGGCAAAGGGCGUCCUGUGCUUCCAGAGUUUCCUUUGUGGUCCGUAGUCAUGGCAUCUCUUCUCACAGUUGUGGUGCUCAGUGAAUAAACGGCCUUUUCUGUGGCAGCAUGGAAGUCCUUUGCAGAUCAGACACUUUUCUCUUUUUAUCCACUUCCGCAGCCUCCACUCAGAAGAUACAGAAAUGCAUUUACCCCUAAGUGCUGAAAAUGCCACUAGACCCAGAGUUGAUAAGUUGCAAGUGUGCAUUGUGCUUUUUUGAUCUGUUAUUAACCAGAUGUGGUUAAGCCCUGUGGACUGGCCCUGGGCUUUGCAAGCUGGAGACCACCUCACUGUCCACAUCUUGCAGGACUCUUGUCUAGAUCUGCAGUGGGGAACAUUCAGUCCUCGUGUUUCUAACAGAAACACAUCUAAAAUGAACCGAGGGACAGGACAGCUCUGCCUUGCAGAGACUGCGGAUGAAGUCCCCAUUUAUCCCAGGUGUGCUUCAUCUUCUACAGACCAAGAGCUGGAUGGAUUUACCAGCAGUUUAUGACAUUUAAGACCCACGUGCCAGUACAAGCAAAAUUGAAUUGCAAAUUCAAAAGAACUGUUUCCUUCCCUGCAUAGCCCAUGUCCAGCGGUAAAGUGAGGGCACUGUAAAUACAAGUGCAGAAGAGACCACGAGUGCAGUGUUAUGCCUGAUGCUGGACAAACCGUCCUUGACUCCCAACAGUCAGAGCAUCUUGCUGUAGAAGCAAAGCCACCUACCUACACAUUCAACAUGAGGACCAUUUUAUUUCAUGUCACCAGUUGGCAAUACUUUUCUAGAAACACGAAAAUUGGUUUGUUUGAUCUAUUAAUGAAUCUCUAUUUCCUUUCUCUGAAAAGCCAAAUAUGCACUGCAGAGGUCUGUGUGAGCCCCAGUGGGCCUAUGAGUGUGCGCAUUGAGCACGUCAUCAUUUUGUAUUGCAAGCAGUGAGCGAGCAUAACCCUCUGCAGAGCUGCCAGAUUCCAGGGUAUCCCUGGAGGAAUCCCUGCCUACGAAUGGAAGCCAUCCUUCUGGGGCACAGCCAUGUUUCUGUAAAUAUGUGAACAUGUUCCUGUGUUUCUUUGCAUUAGGGGCGUCCAGUUCCAAUGUGUUUAUAUAGAAAUUGCACAGAUCCAUUCAUUUGUUUUUCUUUUCCAGAGUUCUCAUUUCAUUUGACUGAAAACACACUUGAAUCCAUGUGUUAGCGUUAGUCACUAGUCUCCAACCAGCAGCUGGUACACGGCAGGUGACGCACAGCAAGGCUCUGCAUUUUGUACCCACUGUCGAGUGGCUUCAGAUGCCAAGUCUAGGCUGAAUCAGUAACUUGAAGUUAAUCGUUUCAUUUUAUUCAGGAGCAUGACAACUUCCAAAUGUCUGUAUUGUACAGAGGGCAAUGUCAACAUUGAGAUCAACAUUGGCCAUAAUUCCCAGUCACACAGUGAAGUGACUAGAGAAGCUUUAGUAGACGUGCAAACUAAUGUCUGUGUGCUCAAGGAGCUUCUUUUACUGAUUUUAUUCUGGAAGAAUAAAAACCUUCAGUUAAGUUUAAAAUGCCUGUCAUCUAAUAUUGAAAGAACUUUGGCCUUAUUGAGAGAGUCAGUUUUCAAAAGUUUAGUAGCCAACCUGUUAGAAUAAAUGGGGUGUUUGCUGACAAAGGAGAUGACAGCCACAUGGCGAGUAAGUGACGUUCUUAACUUGCUUCUCACCCUCACUCAUCAAGUGCUCCUGAUACACAAGUAGGAAAACAGUAUCAUUCUGGAACGUAGUAAAUGACAUGACCUGUAGGAACACACAUUCAAGAAGAUUCCUACAGGCGCCUGGUUUCCCCACCAUUCUUCCUAAGAGUGCCUCUCUGCUAUGCAGCUCAGCUGGGAGAUGAUCCUUCCAGCCAGUGGUCCUUUGACGAACUGGAAUACGGAUUCCCUAUAAUGUGUGUGUACAGUGUAAACUACCUCACCAGCCUUCCUUGGGAAAAAAAUGUCAAACGGACUUUAGCAUCUUCUUUUGGUUUGACUGUCCCUGGGUCUUUCUCAAGUUACUGCAAUUUCUUUUGGUGUAUGUUUUGCUAAUACGCCAUUCAUAAGACAUAAACUAGUCUUAGCAAAAGCAUUAAAACAAAACACCCUGGAAGUGUGCCCUGUGGUGUGCUCUGGGGGAGUCCUCAUGUGUCCCUUAGUGGUUGCCUUGUGUUUCUAACCAUGUGGGGACACAGGCUGUCGGGAACUAGUGUUUGUCUUUUCUAGUGGGUGUUCCCACUACUGUCCCUAUAUUUCCUUUGACUGAAAAGGAGAUGGGAGGUCCCUCUCCUGAGCAAAUGUGUGUUAACUCUUCAUGUGUGUGUCUGACUUGCCUGAGAAGACUGUAAAUCGGGGGAUAUAACACUCCCCUUGACAGGCAUUUUCAACUAUUUUCCAUAAAUAUGUCACUUAAUAAAGAGUAAUGUGACAUGGGA